AUUACACCUUUACAAGAUAUUGAAUUGCGCCCAUAUGUCGAAAUUACACGGCGCUUUGUGUUUGCGUUUGCGUUUGCUUGAAGUCAGGAAUUUUGCUUCAGCCAAGAAAAUAUUGCAUGCUGUUGGUGCUGAUAAUGGUCUGAAGAAACCAAUUUCAGAAAUAGCUUCUUUAUUGGGUGAGAAUCAAGUACAGCACAACGUUAUGGGGAAGGUAUUUAAUAUGUUAUUUAUUGCUUAUGCUGAAAAUAUUAGGUUUAAGGAAGCUUUGGAGGUUUUUGAUUAUAUGAAAAAAGAUGGCUUUGAAAUUGCUGUUAGAGCUUGUAAAGUGUACUUGCGUGCUACGGAAAGGCAAAAGCGAUAUGACUUGUUGUUUGAGUUUUACCAGAAAAUGGUUGAGUUUGAUGUGAAAAUUACAGUUUAUUCUAUGACAAUGGUAAUUAAUGGAUUGUGUAAAUUGGGGGAGGUUUGUAAGGCAAGAAGGCUUAUGGAUGAAAUGGUUAGUAAAGGGAUGAAACCAAAAGAAUACACUUAUAACACAUUAUUAGAUGCAUAUGUAAAGGAACCAAAUUUUGCGGUUGUGAGUGAGAAUUUGAGGGAAAUAAAGAGUGAGAGGUUGGAUUUCUAUGUGAAAAGUUAUACACUUUUGAUUGACGAAUAUUCUACUUUUAGCAAUCUUGAAGAGGUUGAGAGGUUGUUUAGGGAAAUGGAAGAGAAGGGCAUGAAGUCAGAUUUUCGUGUGUAUAAUUAUAUGAUUAGUGGUUAUAGUAAGAUAGGUAAUGUUAAAAAGGCAUUUUCACUUUUCGGCGAAAUGACGGAGAAAUGCUUCUUUCCUAAUAGUCACACAUAUAUAGCUUUGAUAAAAGGCUUGUACAAUGCUGAGCAGAUGCAAGAAGUUGAAGUCUUGCUUAAUGAGAUGCAAAACAAGGGAAGUUACAUAAACCAAGUCAUAUUUAGUAUGAUGAUUGAUGAUUAUUGUAAGCAAGGUAAUGUGGAUGAAGCACUGAGGCUGCUAAGAAUUAUGGAGGGCUUAGGACAUGAGGCUGAUGCAAAUGUUUACAAUAUAAUUGCUACUAGGCUGCGUAAGCUAGAUCGGUAUGGUGAAGCAAAGAGGUUGUUGCUCUCGAUGGUGGAUCGAGGUGUAGCUCUAAAUUUGUUGUCUUAUACAACUUUGAUUGAUAUUUACAGCAAGCAGGGAAAUUUUGUUGAAGCCAAAAGGACACUUAAUGAGAUGGAAACUAAGGGAAUUAAGCCUGACACCGCAACGUAUAAUGCCCUGAUAAAUGGUUAUUGCAGGCAUGGAAAUUUUGUUGACGCGAAAAGGACACUUAGUGAGAUGGAAAUUGAGGGAGUGAUGCCUAACACGAUAACCUACACUGCACUGAUAGAUGGUUAUUGCAAGCUAGGAAAUUUUGUUAAAGCUAAAAGUACACUUGUGGAGAUGGAAACUAAGGGAGUUAAGCCUAACACAACAACAUACACUGUGCUUAUAGAUGGUUAUUGCAAGAAAGGUAUUAUGAAGGAAGCGUAUAAGCUAAUGAUUGACAUGGAAGCUAAUGACCUGAUACCCGAUGUCUAUACGUACACUGCUUUUAUAGAUGGUUAUUGCAAGCAGGGAAAACUUGUUGAAGCAAAAAGGACACUUAAUGUAAUGGAAACUAAGGGAGUUAAGCCUAACACGACGACGUACACUGCGCUGAUAGAUGGUUAUUGCAAGAAAGGUAUUAUGAAGGAAGCUUAUAAGCUAUGGAUUGUCAUGGAAGCUAAUGACCUGAUACCUAAUAUCUAUACAUACACCUCGCUUAUACACGGGAAUUGCCAAUUAGGAAAGGUAGAUGAUGCUCUGAAGCUUUUCAACAAGAUGCCCACAAAGGGUUUAGUUCCAAAUGUUGUGACUUAUACAAUAUUUAUUUCUGGCUUAUUAAAAGAGGGAAGAACACAUGAAGCCUGCAGAUUAUAGUAUCAGAUGAAAGAGGCAGGCCUAACACCCGAUGCCGCGGAAUAAUCUGUACUUGUGGGUAGCCUUUCAUAGUUGAAAUUUAUUUAGUGUGAGAAUUUCUUCUCUAGGAUCUUGUAAACCGUUUUUGGGCAUAUUUUGUCAACAACUUGUAUUUUACAAGUUCAAUCUCUUGUAAAUGGCGUGAUUUUAUGGAUGGUAUAUCGCUACUCUAUCUUUUGAGUAUCUUGCAACCUGUCACGAAUGAAAUUGUAGGACAAAGUAAU